AACAACGUGGUCCGACUCCGAACUCACCGCUUGAAGAACAGCUCUUCAAGACUUCUCUUCCGUAUCGUAUGCAACACAUACACACGCGUUGUCUCUCUCUCUGUAAAACCUUUUCUAAGUCAUGGCUGAUGCCUAUUGGAGAUACAGCGACGCGCGUCAGCCUCAACAGCAGCCAAUCCCUACUCUCGUCGGAAAACGCUCUCGCUCCGACUAUGAUGUUACUAGUGGCCAUGAACUUCCCAAUUAUUAUACCCGUGAUGAUGACAGAGGAGCUCUCCGUGCAAUUAGAGAUACAGAUUCCAUUGGAGCAUCCUAUGAUCGAUACCUGCGCAGCGCGCCAAUUUCUUCAUACAGUGGAGGGCAAUCUGCUAGACCAAUAAGUGGAGUGCCUAAUCGUGUUGCUGAUGAUCCACGCAUCAUGGGUAUUGGAGGCUUGGACCCCGGGCCUACUGUAAAAGACAGGACUCUUGGCUUAGGAAGUGGAAGACCUGAAACUUCCCUUCCUCCUGAUGCUACCAGUACACUGUUUGUGGAGGGCUUGCCAUCUGAUUGCAGUCGACGGGAAGUGGCACGUUUGACACUUACAGAUAUCUUUCGUCCUUUUGUUGGUUACAAAGAAGUAAGACUUGUGAGCAAGGAGUCGAGACGUCCUGGGGGAGAUCCGCUGGUACUCUGUUUUGUUGACUUUUUAAGUCCUGCCCAUGCUGCCACUGCCAUGGAUGCAUUACAGGGUUACAAAUUUGACGAGCAUGACCGUGAUUCGGUCCAUUUAAGGUUGCAAUUUGCUCGCUAUCCUGGUGCGAGGUCAGGUGGCGGGCAUCGCGGAAAACGGUAAACUAUGCCGUUUUACAGGAUUUGCGCAAAACCAGGGAGGUUAUGAUAUUGAGGGAUGAUACGACAGCCUUGCGGUUACAAGUAUUAUACAAAUCUUUUGUGUUUUCGAUGAUUCUGAGGCAAUAACUAGAGACUCAGUGUGUGUGUUUUUGUGUUAGAAACUGCCAAAUUUUAUCGCUUCCAAUUAAUUCGGUCUCCAUAAUUUCGAGAUAUAUUUAUGAAUCUAUUUCUAGGUGCGUUUAGCGAUGAUUUUCUGCAUUUUCUAUGUAUUGGGAUUAGGUACCCGUGACUGUACAUGUUCAGAAAUGUAUUAAACAUUCAAAGACGUACGCAUACUAGCAAACAGUAUAGCCAUGAUAGUGCUAAUGUGAUUAGCUUCACGUAAUGUUAUAUUUAUUUUCCUA